CCCAGCCAGACGGACCGACGGCUCCGCCCCAGGGCUCAAUUCAGAUGACAAAUGACCCUGUCGAAAUGCACCUCCCCGCUUUGAUACCUUCAUCCUGGCGUCGGUUUUAUAAGCCAUGUCUGUGCUCACUAUUCUGCUCUUCUCCAUACUCAUUUACUACUGUGAUUGAUCAAAGACGACGAUGACUGUUUCCACCUCUACUGAAAUCGACCAGAUCUUGCAAAGCUUCACGGAUAGGAAGGAUGGAAUUCCAGGGGUUGUGUGUCGUGCUGUCGAUAAGGAGGGGAAUGUGCUGUAUGAGGGGGUGAGUGGGUUGAGGGGGUUGAAUGAUGAGAGUACGCCGAUGACGACGGAUUCGGUUUUCUGGAUUGCCAGUUUUACCAAGUUGAUUACUACGAUUGCUGUCAUGCAGCUCGUUGAGCAGGGCAAGGUCGAGCUCGACACCCCCGCUGAGCAAUACUUGGACCAGAUCGGCAAGUUCCGCGUCCUCGAGGGCCACGACGAGAACGACAAGCCUAUCUUCCGUGAACCGAAGACGAAGAUCACGUUGAGGAUGAUGUUGACGCAUACCUCCGGCCACACUUACGAUUUCUUCAACCACAAUCACCUCAAACACAACAAACUCAACAAUAUCUCCGCCCCCUUCUCCACUAAGCGCGAUACCAUCAUGGCACCCCUCGGCUUCGAGCCCGGAACGAGGUGGGAGUAUGGACUUGGUAUCGAUUGGUGUGGGCAGGUUGUUGAGACUAUUACGGGGAUGUCCCUUGGUGAUUACUUCCAGAAGAACAUCUUUGAGCCAUUGGGGUGUAAAGACACCUCUUUCACCCCAACGAAAGAACAAAUGGGACGACAUGCGAAGUUACACAUGAGGCGUGAAGAUGGCACGCUCACUCAGCGAGAAUACGAAAUCGCGGAUGAUGUCGAGGUACAUCUCGGUGGCGCCGGAUGCCAUUCCACCGCGGCCGACUACACCGCAAUCCUCGCCUGCCUCCUCAACGACGGCCGUUCCCCCACAACCGGGGCACAACUCCUCAAAAAGGCCACAGUGGACGAUAUGUUCCAAGAUCAAACAACCCCGCGCGGUAUCUCCCUCGAAGAACCCAUCCCGAACCCUCUCCCUCACCUCUCCAACCCCCUCCCCAACCUCAUGCCCGGCGUCCGCAAGGGCUGGGGUUUGUCAUUCCUCAUCUCGCACGAUGCACUACCCACGGGACGAAGCGCAGGCAGUGUCUGGUGGGCUGGAAUCGCGAAUUGUUAUUGGUGGGCGGAUAGGGAGAAGGGUGUUGCGGGGGUUACGUUGACGCAGAUUUUUCCGUUUGCGGAUGUGGAGGUGUUUGAGUUGUGGGGGAAGUGGGAGGGGAAGGUUUAUGAGGGGUUGAAGGCUUGAUUGAGCUUGACCGCGUCGGGGAAAGAGGUCAGGAUUGAGUGUACGAUAUUCCAAUGUAAGAUUAUGUGUGAUUGUAGUUAGGCCAAUUUUACC